UUUUUUUGACGAUAAAACUCGCAAAGGUUCGUUAGAGUCCUACAUGAGAGGGAAACGAACAAGGAAGCAGCUUUCAGAUAAACGUUCAAAUAAGCGGCCCAAAACAGUCUUUUUGUGUCCUGAGGGGGAUUCUUAUACGGAAGAUGAAAUAAGGGAAGCAGAGGAGUUCAUGAGAUUUACACAAUUAGAUUCCAAUGACACAAGAAACCCCAAUUGCAGCGAAAUGCUUCGUUUGAUGAAAGUAACGUAUGAAAGCCGCUGGGCUUUCUUACAAAAUGGAUGCAAGGUUGACGCAUCUGUAUUUUUGAACAAAUAUCCUCGUCUUAAGGACAUGCCUGAAGCCGUAAGAGACGAAUUUUUUCGUUUAAAAGGGAGUACUUUGGAAACUUUUGCUUCAAAUUGGCGGAAAGCAGAAUGUAAAAUAAUAGAAUUUUGUAAACAGAAAUUUACGAAGAGUUUAGCCGUCUUAGAUAUCUUAAGGAAGGCAGAGGAAGCUGAAGAAAACUUUGAUAUUCCUGGACGCAUGAAAUGUGUCUUAAAGUUGACACUGCAUGCAGCAGCCAAUACACAACCGUCCCAAAACAAAAAAGGAUCAACUGCUGACGGAUGGAAUCUUCUGUACCAGUCAUUCAAUGAAAUUCUUCUUCCGGAGGAGGCUGCAAAUCGUGCUAGCGACAUGGAGUUGCCUGGUGUCUUGGACAUAAAUGGGGCAUAUUACAUCAAGAUCGACAAUUCGGCUGUAGCUCUUACUGAAACGAAAUCUUUUAAACGAUCAGUGGGUUAUUUGCUAAUGUACUAUCACAUCCUAGACAUCAAUUAUCCUUCAAAAUUGAAAUUUGUUUAUGGAUUUCUUGAAACCAUGUUUGAAAUUGUCCCCUCAAUGAAUCCAUCCAAAAAAAUGAAAGAUUUGUGUUCCUUUGUUUUCAAUUGA